GUUCUCAUAAUCGUCGAUUUCUAUCUGACUGACCUUCAACCUCUCCCGCAUCUCCAGCCAUGGAUCAACACUCGACCGCCGUGUAUCGCAUCGCAGAGAAGGUCAAGAUCUUCUACCACAAGGGCAUUGCCUUCCGAAUCUACCAUGGCAGCACCAACAGCACCCGCCUGAGCAACCGCAAGGCCGGUGAGGUUGUCGACACCAGCAGCCUCAACCGCGUCCUCGAUAUCGACCCCCAACGCCAAGUCGUCCUCGUCGAGCCAAACGUCCCCAUGGACCAACUCGUCGCAGCCACCACCGCCCGCGGCCUCAUCCCAGAAGUCGUUCCCGAGUUCCCCGGCAUCACCGUAGGGGGCGCAUUCGCCGGCGCCGCCGCCGAGAGCUCCUCCUUCCGCUACGGCGUCUUCGAACGCUCCGUCAACUGGAUCGAACUCGUCCUCGCCAACGGCCACGUCGUGCGCGCCUCGGCCGACGAAAACGAAAACGAAAACCCGGACCUCUUCCGCGCCGCCGCCGGGGCCUGCGGCACCCUCGGCAUCGGCACCUUGUUCGAGAUUCGCCUCGUCAAGGUCGACCGCUUCGUCGAGGUCGAGUACCACCCCGUCUACUCCUCCGCCGAGGGUCUCGCCCUCGUCGAUACGCUCGCUGCCGACCCUUCCAUCGACUUCCUCGACGGUAUCCUCUUUUCGGCCUCCUCGGGCGUCAUUGUCACCGGACGCCUUGCCCCGUCUCACUCUCAUCCGCCCACACCGGACAGCGACGACGACGAGUCGGCCAAGACGACGCACAACAAGAAGAAGCCGGCCCCCAUCGUCCGCUUCACCCGCGCCCAAGACCCCUGGUUCUGGCUGCACGCCCACGCCUCCGUCCCGCACGCCCGCCACACCCACUGCGACACCUGCCCCUUCGCCCCCUCUCGCGAUCCCAAAGAGGCCAUCGAGCACGGCCGCGUCAUCAACCGCGUACCCGUCGCCGAUUACCUUUUUCGUUACGACCGCGGCGCCUUCUGGAUGGCCAUCUACGGCCAACCACCUUGGUUCGCCGGCCCUCUCACUCGUUUCCUCUUCGACAAGGCCAUGCACACCCGCACCAUGUACAAGGCCAUGCACCACAGCGGCCGCUCCCAGAGCUUCAUAGUCCAGGACCUCGCCGUCCCGCGGCAGAACGCCCAGGAAUUCCUAGAAUGGUCCCACAAGAAACUCUGGAUCUACCCUCUCUGGCUCUGUCCCAUCAAAACCCCCGACGGUGCCCGUGCGCCUAUCAACUUCGCCAAGCUGCCCCCUCUUCCCUCCGACGACGACGAUUCUUCUUCUCCUCCGGCUUCUUCUGGGCCGGACGCCUCCUCGCCUCCCCCGAACCGCCAACAUUGUCGUCGUCGUCGUCGUCGUCGUCGUCGGUAUCGUCGGGCGACAUGUGGAUGAACAUCGGCCUCUGGGGCAUCAAGAGCGCCAACUGGCCCUACAACACCCCCCAGCUCGGCCUGGACGCCUUCAAGGUCUUCGUCCAGGACAACCGCGCCAUCGAGGCCAAGAUGAGGGACCUCGGCGGGUACAAGUGGCUGUACGCCCACUGCUACUACACCGAGGACGAGUUCUGGGACGUCUUCGACAAAACCACGUACGAGGACGUCCGCCGCCGAUGGGGCGCGCAGGGGUUGCCCAGCCUGUGGGACAAGGUGAAGCGCGAGGAGACUGAGUACGUUGACAAGGGGCCGUUCUGGAAGGCUUGGCUCUGGACGUUUCUGGGGAGGGAGCACCUAUUGCGGCGGUAAGUCUUUCGUAGGGGUAGUAGGUAGGUGGGGUGGGUUGACCGGGGUGUUCCGGGGGCCGGAUUCGUGUUGUCUUUGUUCUGUUUGACAGGGACAGGGACAACAAUAUCAAGCCGGAUAGGCACGUUAUUUCUUAAUACAA